AUGUUGCACCUACUGCUUUGCGCAGUGGUCUUCUGCCAGUCUGCCCUCGCCCUUAGCGACACCGUCGAUUUAGGGUAUGCACGCUACCGCGGACUCGACAUUGGCAAUGGCGUUAUACGCUGGGCUGGCAUGCGGUACGCACGCAAUGUCGCUCGCGACAAAGGUCUACGCUUCACCGCACCCCAGGACCCUCUCGACCAACCCGGUGUAUCUGACGCGACCAAGUUUGGACCUGUUUGCAUCGGCACAGGCACUGAACUGAAGGCUGAGUUUGGGGGAGAGCAUUCGGAAGAUUGUCUGUUCAUCAACGUCUUUGCCCCUUCAAAAGCUACAAACGAGACUAAGCUGCCUGUUUACGUCUUCAUUCAAGGUGGUGGAUUCAGCGUCAACGGUAAUGCAAACUACAACGGCGCAGACUUGAUCGAUGCAGGUGACGAAGAUAUGGUCGUCGUCAACUUCAACUACAGAGUGGGACCCUAUGGUUUCUUGGCCGGACGUGAGAUUGUUGAAAACUCAACCCUGAGCUUGAACAACGGUUUGAAGGAUCAAAGACAGGCGCUCAAGUGGGUCCAAAAGCACAUUCAACAAUUUGGUGGAGACCCAGGUCACGUAACGAUUGGAGGUGCGAGUGCGGGUGGAGGCUCCGUUGUUCUCCAGCUGACGGCCUUUGGUGGCCGAAACGAUGGUCUCUUCCAUGCUGCGGCCGCCGAAUCACCUGCCUUUCCACCUAUCCGCGACGUCGAGAACAGUCAGUGGCAAUUCGACGCGCUGCUGAAGCAAACGGGCUGCGCGGACAUGCACUGCAUGGCUUCUAUGGAUGCUGUUAAGUUCCAAAAAGCGGUCAGGAAUAUGAAGGAACCGUUUCCAGGCGCUAAGAACCCACCCCUUUACGCCUGGAACCCUACCCUCGACAAAGACUUUAUCCAGGACUUCACAUUUAACGAAUUGAAGAACGGGCGAUAUGUCAACGUACCAUGCAUCUUCGGCGUCGCCACGAAUGACGGUAUCAACUUCACCCCGAAAACCAUCAUGUCUCAGUCAAUGUCUCAAGAGUUCCUCACCGACCAGUUUCCCAGCAUCAACUUCAACCAGGUCCGCCAAGCUUGGGAUGCCAACAUGGCAUCGACUGCCGAUGCUCGGUGGAGAACGGUGACGGCCAAUAUUUACGGCCACAUCCGAUACACGUGCCCGACGCUCAACAUCACGGAUACAUACGCCAAGAACGACACCAACCCGACAUGGCAAUAUCGAUGGAACGUCGGAACCGCCUCGCACGUUGGGGAGCUACUGCCGAUCUGGAACAAUGCCACCUCCGCUUCUGGUGUCUUUGUUCAGGCUUACUGGGCAUCCUUUAUUCGAAGUUAUGACCCCAACAAGCACGCAGCUGCAUUUCUCCUUGCCAAGGGCUCCACACUGAACAGUCCGAUGUGGCAAGACUCCAAUCUCACUCAGGAGAAGAGGUUGGUUUUCAACGACAACGACGAUGUUGGCAUGGAAACCAUUUCGAAGGAGGAGUGGCAGCGACCAGCUGCUGCUGGCAACACCGCUUCCUCUGGCUCCAGCACUGGCUCCACGGCCUCUGGCUCUCUCUCAGGCGGUCCGAGCAGUCCGAACAACCCACCCAGUUCGGGCGGCUCCUCCACUCCAGCCGACCUUCACAAGUCAUUAGGAAAUCAACACACUCCCCUUUCUUCGACAUACAUGGCUGCUAUUGCUAUACUGCUGGGUCUUGCCCAGUGGAGUUGCACUUGAAGCGCCACACGCGUUACGGGAACUUUUCUCCCAAUGUUUUUACUAUCAGUUUACUCCUUCGAGAGUUAUAUUCGGGCUUCAGACAUUUGUCUCGCCACGGGCUUUGAGCCCGGAAGAUUGGAUGCAAAUCACCAUGGCACCAUCACAACAAGAUUGCGUUGCGUGGCAACAGAACCUCCAGUUUCACGCUUUCGGUAGCAUUGUCUCAGCGCACCCCGCAGAGCGCGACAUCCGAGUUUGUAUCAUCGGUCAUCGGGAUAUAGAGCGAUGCAACAAGACGGGACAAGAUCAGAUGCAAUGAGUAUAGAAGCAUCCGUCGAUCUAGAGCAUCACGUGGACAUAUAUAUCCCAUACAUGGAGAACAGAACACAAAGAGCACAUGGCCAUUUCUCUUUCCGUCUAAUUACACUCAAGCACGAGUUUUCAUAAUCCUUGUAAAUAGUAUCAUAUCAAUUAAUCGGCUUCAGCCUUUUCACUC